CAACAAUAAUGUCAAACCAUCUUCAAGAGCCCUUAUCCACUUACACUAAACCGGUUUUAACCAAAGAAGACCAAGAAGUCGACGAGAAGAUGGUGAGCUUGCAAGCUGAGUGUAUAGUCAACACCGUGGCUUUCCCCAUGGUUCUCAAAGCCGCCUUGGAGCUUGGUGUCAUCGACACAAUCGCUGCAGCAGGCGAAGGCGCGUGGCUCUCACCAAUUGAGAUAUCUCGUAGUCUACCAACAAAACCCACUAACCCGGAGGCGCCAGUGUUGCUUGACCGGAUGCUACGGUUACUCGUCAGCCACUCUAUUUUGAAAUGCCGUAUGGUUGAAGGUAAAGAAAACGGUAUGGAGAGGGUUUAUGCAACCGAACCGGUUUGCAAGUAUUAUUUGAAAGAUAGUGACGGUUCUGGUUCUUUCGUUUCUCUGUUUAUGUUGCUCCAUACUGAAGUGAUUUUCAAGACUUGGACAAAUCUUAAAGAUGUGAUACUAGAAGGAAGAGGUGCAUUCAGCUCUGCCCAUGGCAUGCCAAUUUUUGAAUACAUGAAGUCAGGUGGAGAAUUUGCUGAAGUGUUUAAUCGUACCAUGACAGAACAUUCCACCAUGUUUUUGAAGAAGGUUCUAGAAGUUUACAAAGGAUUUGAAGAUGUUAACACUUUGGUAGAUGUUGGAGGAUCAAUUGGCACUACAUUAGGUCUAGUCACUUCCAAGUAUCCUCAUAUCAAGGGUGUUAAUUUUGACUUACCUCAGGUUUUAGCCAAUGCUCCAUCUUAUCCAGGAGUGGAGCAUGUCUCUGGAGACAUGUUUAAAGAAGUUCCCAAAGGAGAUGCAAUCUUUAUGAAGGCAAAGUCUACCGGAAAUGGAAAAGUGAUCAUUGUAGAUAUGAUUACACCAGAAGAACCAAAGAGUGGUGAUUUUUCCUCUAACUAUAAGUUUGGUAUGGACAUGCUGGUGCUAGCACUAUACGAUGGCGCUAAAGAAAGAUCGUUUUCACAGUUGGAGAAUUUAGCAUUUAGUUCAGGUUUUCGUCGAUGUGAAGUUGUUUGUGGUGUCCAUUCAUAUUCUGUUCUCGAAUUUCACAAAUAGAUUUGGAAUCUACGAAAACAAGUGACGGGCCAACUGAAUAAAUGAUGCGGAUAUGUACUUAUUUUAAUGAUUUUAUUGCAUGUAAUAUAGUUUUAUGGUGUUGGCUUGCUCAAAGUUUUACUUUCAGUUUGUGGUGUUUGCUAAGUAUUAACGGAGUGUAAUGACUCUGAUUUGUGUGAAAGUGUGUUUGCAUUAUGUUUGUAACUGAGAGAUUGUGUCCUAUGCUUAAACUUUUGUUGGGAAAUCAUGUUCCUUGUCUAAAAAAAUUUCUAAAUUGAGAGAUUGUAUUAUUUUAGUUAUGUUUGUUAUUUUCUUAUUAAAUGUAUUGCAUAUGCAUUGUUAAAUUAUAUACUGUAGAAAUUAUUUUUGUGGCUUUGACUGUAGAAAGAGAACAAUAAUUUAUAAAAUCUAAAUGUAAUUUCACAACCAAAUCUCUAUGUAGUUUUU